AUGUUCUUUUUUGUUGGUGUGACCAUUUCACUUGUCAUCAUAGUGUAUUGUAUAUACAUGUUCUGUCGUGGUGGCACUAACAUCAACUACCCCGACUUAACAGGCAAAAUUGUAGUGGUCACUGGGACUAACAGAGGGAUUGGGUAUGAGACUGUGAAGGAGUUGGCCAAACAAGGUGCGACUGUAGUUUGCUGUUGUAGACAUGAAGAGGCACAAAUCCGAGUGAACAUGAUCAUUGGGAAGGAAACUGGCAAUAAGAAGUUGGAAUUUGUGAAGUGCGAUUUGAUGGACUUGGCUUGUGUUAAGAAGGCUGCGGAGUACAUUAACACUAAAUACCACAAAGUCGACAUCUUGAUCACAAACGCAGGGAUCAUGUGUUCUCCAUUUGCUCUUUCCAAACAAAACGUCGAAUCACAAAUGGCAACGAAUCACAUUGGACACGCUGCUUUCAUUCAAGCGUUAUUGCCUUCAUUAUUAGCUUCCGACUCCCCAAGACUUGUAGCAGUAUCUUCUGUUGCUCACAAGUUCAUCUCACCAAAGACAAUCAACUUAGUUGGCAAAAAGGAGAAUUACAAACCAGCAAUGAGAUAUUUCGAGUCUAAAUUAGCUGUUGGAAUGUUUAUCAACGAAUUCGCAAAAGAACACAAAGAGAUCGUCGCUGUCCAUGUCCACCCAGGAAUCGUAUAUUCCAAUUUGUGGAAGGACUGGCACCCAUGGCUCUUGUGGGUGCUCUCACCUUCUUUCUACAUCUUCUGGAAGAAUCCAAAGGAGGCGUGCCAGACAACUUUGCACUGCGCUUUGGCAGAUAAAAACGAAAUUGUGUCGGGAGGAUACUACGCAGAUUGCAAAUUGGCAAGUCACAACAAACUCAUUGAUGACACGGAGAUGAGACAAAAGCUUUACAAAGACACUCUUGAGUUCAUCAAGCAGAACGAGUAA